GGAAGGCGAAGCGGCGCGACGUCGCGCUUCGAGCUUAUAUGUGUUUACGGCUUCGAGACGAGAUAUCAGUAGCGGUGCGGAAGCCUUGCAAGCAUCGUCGAUAACGAUGAGUCGAGCGGUUAUAUUUGCGCUCUUCUGCGCUGUGCUGUGCUCUUGUUACGGGUCAUGCGUCGCCUACGUAUACGAAGAUUGCGGCUCGACGCUAGGCAAGUUCUCGGACGUUUCAGUUACGGGAUGUCAAACAACGGACGAAAACUGCGCCUUAAAACGUGGCACUAACGCGACGAUAUCAAUAAAAUUUAAACCGAAUGCGCACAUCUCACAAGUUCUAAUACGUGUGUAUGGCGUGAUGCUCGAUAUUCCCAUACCUUUCCCGUUGGAUAAACCGGAUAUGUGCAAGGAUCCCGACUGCGGAGUGAAAUGUCCUCUGGAAAAAGAUCAGGAGUACACGUACACGACUACGAUGUAUGUGCAGAGGAAGUUCCCCUCGGUAAAUGUGUACAUUAAGUGGGAAUUUGUGGACGACAAAGAAAAUAAAAUAGUGUGUGUAAUAUUUCCUGCCAGAAUUACAACAUAGAGAAAACAUAUCAAAUAUAUUUAGAUUGAUUUGAUGUAAAAGAUUGCGAAAAGAACUGAAUCAAUGUUUUUUAUAAUUUAUAACUUUCUUGAUCCUUAAAAAAAAUCUUCGAGUUUUCUCUCAAGUUGUCUUUUCGACAAAUCAAAAUGUAAUAAUAAAAUUGAUUUAAGAUAU